GAUUACUUUUGAUGCUUUUUCUUUUUUUAAUGAACUUCAUUUUCGUAUUAUACCUAAAAAAUGUUGUAUGUUGUUCAAGGUCUUUCCUUACAUCUGUAUGUCUGCGCGCAAGGCUGUGAAAGCGUUGGCGCGUCCGGAACUAUAUCCCCUUUAUUUGUACAAACGGAUACUCAGGCUACAUUAUGGUCUCCCACCACCAGCACGGCUAAUGGGCGAUACAUAUGUAAAAGACGAAUUUCGACGUCACAAAAAUGCAACACCCGAACAGACUGCGGUGUUCGUGAAUGAGUGGACUAACUACUGCAUAACUCUUGCCAAGCAACUCUCGCAAAAGGGCAUCGUGAAGGGCUUUCUCGGCAAGGAUCUUGAACCAGAAAACCUUGACAGCUUUGCAGAAGAUCAAUUACGUCAACUCCUGGAUUUGAAAAUCGAAUCUGAACGAAUGGCAAAGGAAAUCACGCAAUCUGUUGGAGAAACAAAUUCAGAGCAGUCGGAAAAAUGAUAGUGAUGUUGUAAAAACCUCUCAAAUGUUUUGAGAAAUCCUUAGGAUUCAUAGAUAUAUUUAGCACAUUGAUCGAUAACGAUUGCAUUGUACAUUUGAUCUUGGUUCCUUCAAAACGGUACCUCGGACAUAGAAUGCAGGAUUCUAGAGAGAGAGAGAGAAAUCUGUUGCACAUACAUCUCGAAUGUUGGGACUGUCGUUAGAAUCCAGCUUCCUGCCCGCACAAAUAGAUGAUAGUGAUAGAUGCGGAUUAUAGAUCUUGAUUGGUAAUGAUUUGAGAAAAAACCAUCAUGGUUUGCAUUCAUUUAUGUGAUCUGUUGUUGUACCUUACAUUACUUUACUUCAACAUAGAAUGGCCAUAGUAUCAAAUUCUACGAAAG